GCAAAUAUCUGAGUGACCGAGGACACAUGGCGAUUGGAGCAGAAUCUCUCGAAUGAUCCGCUCGGAAUUCGUAAGUGUGAGAAUGAGGCAAGUUGCUGAGCAUGUCGACCUGACAAAGUAGAGCGCAACAAGGGUGCAGCAGUCAAGCGAGUUUCCGUUGACAAAUCUCAGGCUUGUGGGUCGAGGAGAUGGGCCGUGGAGGUCAGAAAACCGAUUUGUUAUCUGAGACCGGUAGGCACAGCCCGAGCAUCUUUACCUGGGAAGAGGUGCAGAAGCAUUCCCGCCGAGGCGACCAGUGGCUGGUCAUCAACCGGAAGGUGUACAACAUCAGCGACUGGGUCAAGCGCCAUCCGGGGGGCAUCCGAGUUAUCAGCCACUACGCCGGGGAAGAUGCAACGGAUGCAUUUGUGGCGUUUCAUCCCGAUCCUAAAUUUGCCCAGAAGUACCUGAAGGCUCUGCAGAUAGGGGAGCUCGCGGCCAACGAGCCCAGCCAGGACCGUCACAAGAAGGAGCAGCUGGUAAGUGACUUCCGGUGUCUGCGAGAGGAGCUGGAGAGGAGGGGUCUGUUCCGUGCCGACCCCCUGUUCUUCACCCUCUGCCUGGGCCACAUCCUACUACUGGAGGCCCUGGCUCUGCUGCUGGUGUGGGCCUAUGGCGUAGGCUGGACCAACACCAUGAUCUGUGCUGUCCUGCUGGCCACCUCACAGGCCCAGGCUGGGUGGUUGCAGCACGACUUUGGACACCUGUCUGUGUUUAAGAAAUCCAAAUGGAAUCACCUGCUGCACAAGUUUAUCAUCGGCCACCUGAAGGGAGCGUCAGCAAACUGGUGGAACCAUAGGCAUUUCCAGCAUCAUGCUAAACCCAACGUGUUUAGCAAGGACCCGGAUGUCAACAUGCUGCAUGCAUUUGUGUUGGGAGACACCCAGCCUGUGGAGUAUGGUGUAAAGAAGUUGAAGUACAUGCCUUACAAUCACCAACAUCAGUACUUCUUCCUCAUUGGCCCACCUCUGCUCAUCCCUGUGUACUUCCACAUACAGAUUAUGCACACCAUGUUUUCCAGAAAGGACUGGGUGGACUUGGCCUGGUCGAUGACCUACUACAUGCGCUACUUCCUCUGCUUCGUGCCUUUCUUCGGCUUCUUUGGCUCCAUCCUGCUCUGCAGCUUUGUCAGGUUCCUGGAGAGCCAUUGGUUUGUGUGGGUGACCCAGAUGAACCACAUCCCCAUGGACAUUGACCACGACAAGCACGACGAUUGGCUGACCAUGCAGCUGAAGGCGACAUGCAACGUGGAGCAGUCCCUCUUCAACGACUGGUUCAGUGGCCAUCUCAACUUCCAAAUUGAGCACCACCUGUUCCCUACGAUGCCACGGCACAACUACUGGCUCGCUGCACCAGAGGUGAAAGCGUUGUGCGAGAAGCAUGCUGUCCCUUAUGAGGAGAAAACACUAUGGCGCGCCCUGGUGGACGUUGUGAGGUCACUGAAGAAGUCAGGUGAUCUUUGGCUGGAUGCGUACCUGCACAAAUAACCCUUCCUUCUGCACAUCACCUCCCAUACAUUUAUGACUAUCACCAAGAGAGUACAUACUUGUUUAAAACCGUUCAUGACUUUAUUUGUAUGGUCAUAUAGUGUGUAUUGAUAAUAUAAUUAUCUCACAGACAGAAGUGUGUAAUAAAUGACAAUGUAGCUAGUCUCAUACCAGUCUAGUCUGUACAAUCUAUUACACUGGAAUUCAUUUUAAUAAACAGCUACUUUGCAAUGA